AUAGUGCUCUGCCCGAGCUGAGAGCGCCGAGGAACCGGUGCGAUGUAGCGCGCAAGAAGCGGAUUCGGUCACUCAAAAAGUGCCACUGCUCCAAGCAAGACGCUCCAGAGCGUCUAUAAAUAAAGCUUCGGCCGGAUCGAAACUCGGGGGGAUCGCGGCAACUGGCGAGCAACGAAGGGGAUCUGCGGGGUACUGCGCGAGUUAUAAAACACGCAUCCGUCAGCCACUAGAAAGUGCAUUCUACCACGUGCCUUUUCGAACACUCUGUCUCGAUAUUGAAUAAUGACCAGCCAGAAGAGCGGAAACGGUACCGCUCCAGGGCAGGCCGCAGGUAACGGCCAUGUGGACGCAGAGGCAGCAGGAGGUCCUCCCUCCGCACAGGGCGACGAGGACAACUCGCUGGACGCCAUUCUGGUGAGGAUCGGACAGUUCGGACGCUACCAGAUCAUCAACUACGUGUUGUUGUGCGUGCCCAUGCUCUUCAACGCCUUCUUUUCGAUCUCCUACGUUUUCACUGCGAGCACAGUAGUCCACAGGUGCAAUGUUACGCAGUGCGACAGUCCCAGUAGUUUAUACGAAGAGAGCUGGUUGAACUUUUCUAUUCCGUAUAAGAACUCUGCGUGGGAUUCCUGUAAUCGCUAUGUGGCCGAUGAAUCGGAGCUGUCCUCUGAUUACUGCGAUGCUAAAUAUUUCUCCAAUACCACGGAGACCUGCGGGCAGGACUUCAAGUUCAGGGAUGAGGAGAAGACCAUCUCCACUGAGUUUGGGAUUUACUGCAAAGAUGACUGGAAGCUUACAAUGGUAGGAACCAUCAACAAUGUGGGCCAGUUCGUUGGCAUUCCUCUGGGAGGAUUCUUUGCUGAUCGCUACGGGCGUCGAACUAUGUUGGCCUAUGCCGGAACACUAAGCGCCAUUAUGGGCGUCAUCCGGUCGCUGUCGAGCAACUACUACAUGUUCCUGGUGUUCGAGUUCCUGGACAUGGCGGUGGGCAGCACCCUCUUUCCAACCGCCUUCCUGCUGGCCAUCGAGUUGGUGGGCCCCAAGCGACGAGUGGCAGCAGCCACUAUAAUUACAAUCGCGUACGCACUGGGAGAGUCCUUCCUCGGUUUCCUGGCCUCGCAGGUGCAGAAUUGGCGCUGGCUGCUCCGCGUACUCUACGCGCCUGCCGUACUUCAGGUCCUCUUCCUGUGGAUCCUGCCAGAAAGCGUGCGCUGGCUGCUGAGUCAAGGCUCCGAGGAGAAGGCCGCCGAUGUUCUGCGAAAGGCGGCGCACACCAACAGGCGUCCACUGCCCGAGGAACAAGUAGAGGAGCUGAUUGCCAACAAUCGACAGAAACUAAGCCAGGCAAAUGAGAGCCAAUACCCCAUCAGGAAGGCCGUGCGGUUCUUCGCACUGCGAAUCGCCAACUGCUGCCUCUGCUGGUUCACCCACACUCUGAUCGCCCUGGGACUGAGCCUCAACUCGGUCAACCUGGGAGGCAACAAGUACACCAACUUCAUGCUAAACGGUGUCAUCCAGGUACCGGGUCUGCUACUGCCCCUCGUUAUUAUGGAUCGGAUCGGCAGGCGCUACUCGCUUUGCGCCUCCAUGCUGCUCUGCGCAAUCUGCAUGGGCGCCUCCGCGGGAGUGGGAGCAGAUAAUUACGCGGGAGCCUUGACCCUCUUCCUAAUAGGGAAGCUGGCCAUUACAUGCAGCUUCCAGAUCCUGUAUUUCUUUACCUCCGAGAUAUUUCCUACAAAUGUGCGGAACAGCCUGUUGUCGCUCUGCUCCAUGGUGGGUCGCAUUGGUUCCAUGAUCGCCCCGCAGACUCCCCUUCUGGCCAAGUACUACAUCUAUGCCCCGCAGAUCCUGUUUGCCACUUUCGCGCUUAUCAGCGGCUUUUUGACCUUGGCCUUUCCGGAGACGGCGGACAAGGUGCUGCCCACCACCAUGGAGGAGGCCCUGGACCUGGCCAACCGUCAGCGACAGGCUGUCGUAGGGGAGGAGGAGGCGAAGGCCGCGGCGAAGCGGCACGGAGAGGGGGAGGCCACCCGAAAAGUCCUUUAAGGAUAAUACGAGAUUAUUUGCUUGCAUAGAGGCUAAGGAACGCCAAAUCUGAGUUGGGCAUAGUGAAGGCUGAUGCAUUUGUUGUUGAUUUUUAAUAUUGUUUAUUUAAUUAAGAUAGUCCGAGUUUUAUCGUGUGCACAACAAACUAUUCGUGAUAUUUAUAUGCCAGGCUGCCUUUUUGCUCUGAUAAUUUAUACCAUUUAUUUUGGAGGCACAUGCUACCUUUUUAAAAAUAUUUUAUUAAUUUACUUAGAUUUUUAAGUUUGCCAAUCGAGAAUUUAAGAACAUAAAGGCUACAUACAUAAGUCGGAAAUAUGUCCGGCCAAAAAAAUGGUUCACUAUUUUGAAUUUUAAAUUUCAAUUAUAAUCUUAUGUUUGAAAAUAUCUUUUAGUGUAUACUCGUUCAAGCGACAUCUAUUGUUGGUCGAAAAAUACAUUUUACAAAUGAUUUUGACAGUCAAUGCCUUGUGUGUUUUACAUACCAAAAUAGUUUUUCUACCGCCGCUUGAGGGCGCCACAUACUGGGCCUUAAUCUCACAAAUAAAUGUUACCGAAUAUUUA